AUGGCCAUGGCCCGACUUCCGCCCGACACAGCCAUCUUCUCACCAAGCGUCGCCCGCCUCGCCGCAUCCACCGCCAAAGACUGGAACUAUGUCGACAGCUGGCUCACAUCCAAGUUCGACGGCCGCACUCCCCCACAGUUUGAACGCAAUCCAGACACCCUCAAGGCCCUUCUCGCCUUGGCUGCUCUCAACGAGACGUCUGAUGAAAAUCGUCGUCUGGUCAGCCAAGUCGACGCCACCGCACUCGAGGACAUCUCGACAGCCAGAGAUGCCGACCACGGUGUAGGUCAUGAGGCCAGCCAAGUGCCAACAAAUCUCACCGCCUUGAAGGACGUGUUUUACGCCGCAAUCGAGGACAACCUCACCAGAGAAGGCAAGACGGCGCUGGAUGCCAUGGCUUCUUCUGCUGGGCACCUAGGCAUGGCAUUUCCGGAGCCAGCAAGGCUGGCCCGAGCCUUGAUCGACCUGCAGACGCGCAUUUUUGACAUGGAACAAGCUGUCGCCAGGGUUGGAACCCUUCAGCGCCUGGCCCAGUCCGAAUCCGCUAGGCUGCACGAACUGCUCGAGGACGUCUGCGGUGACCAGUAUCGCGCCCCAGCCGAUCUAGCCCAGCAGAACCUGAACCUGCAGCGCAAGGUCAAGGCCAUAGCCAAGAAGCUGCCCGAGAUGCAGGAUAAAGUCGCUUCUCUGGCGCGGACGGUUGGCGUGCCCAACCCGACCAUCCAACAAGUCAAGCAGGAAGAGGAAAAGUAUCUGGAGCUCCUCGAUCUCCGGCGCCAUCUAGACCAGCAGGUUAACGAGUUUGAGGGUUUGCCGGCGGAUGUGGGCCGUGCCCGUCAGCAGUUGGACCGGCUUCGCGAGGAACUGCGCACUAUCACAGAGCGGCGUGACGCCGUCUUUGAAGGACUCGUCGAGAGGGAGACACCGAGGAAGACAAGAUGA